AUUUUCUUAUCUCUUUAUCUUCUUUCCGCUUUCUUGGAUUAUUCAAGGGUCGCUUAUCAUCAAGCGAACAAGUUCAUCAGUAUUACCAACAAGAACAUCAGCAAUCAUAUCGACAAUAACGAAAACAUAACUAUGUCUGGAGUAAGCGAUCCAAAUAGACAAAACAUGAGUGAGUUUGUUCAAGUCAAUCGUAAGGUCUUUUACGCCGCAGCGGAUAGAAACAAGGAUGUAAUCCUGGAACAGCUAAAGCCCAUCCUGGAUAAAUCACGCCUUGUUCUUGAAGUUGGGUCUGGUUCAGGACAGCAUAUCUAUCGCUUCUCAAAAGACUAUCCAAAUGUUGUGUUUCAACCAACAGAGUAUGAUUCGAAUCUCCUUACCAGCAUUGAUGCCUAUGCAGAUGAACUCAACAAGGAAGGGUAUCACAUCAAUCCAGCAUUGGAGCUUGAUGCAACUAACUCAGAGCACUGGGAGCGAGUUCAAAAAGUUGGUCUUCAAUCACAGGACCAACAGCAUCAGCAAAAGCAAGUGAACUCCGCAGCAACGCCAACGAUUCACGGUGUUUACGAUCUAUUGAUCACAACAAAUGUUUUCCAUAUCUCACCAUGGAUUGUCGGCCAGUCUAUUGUGCGUGGAGCAGGGAAAGUGCUUAGGAAUGGUGGAAGAUUGGCUAUCUACGGUCCAUUCAAGAAGGACGGUAAAUUCAAUACCGAAAGUAACCGUCAGUUUGAUGAAACUCUGCGGGGCCGUAACCCAUCUUGGGGCGUACGAGACAUUGAGGAGAUCGAGGCCGUAGCAAAGAAUGAAGCAGACUUGAAACUAGACCGAAUUAUAGAUAUGCCAUCCAACAAUUACAUGUUGUUAUUUUCCAAAGUCGCGAACUGAGGAAUUUGGAAGGCUUAGUAGGUGUUACGUAGGCAGAGCCAAGUGACUUUGACGCGUGUGUGAGGAAGAGAAAGGGCAGUCUAAUUCGAGUAAUUUGUCCUGUCCUCUUGCAAACAACAAUAUUCUCAAGUUAAAGAUAGUUUAUAUUAUAUAAAAC